UCGUUGAAGAAGAAAAGCAUUGCAUGUUUUGGAGCGGUUUCAAAAAUAGUCCGGAUGGGUUUUCAGAGGAGGGUUGUCAUGUGGAUCAUUCGAAGAGCAACUCAGAAGAAACAAUUUGCAGCUGCAAUCAUUUGACUCAUUUUGCUGUCUUAGCUGACUUCAGCGGCAGCAUAAAGCUUUCCGAGAACGACGUAGCUGUUCUGGAGAUCAUCACAUACGUAGGGUUAAGCCUAUCCAUCAUCGGAAUACUUUCGACAAUAACCUUAUAUUCUUUCCUCACGUAAGUACUGUAAUCAAACGAUCGGCGGAGAACAUCCUUAAAUACCGUGGAAGAUGUAUUGAAUAAAUCAGGCCAGUGCAAUGUCCGUAACACCCCCUCCCCUCGCCCAGAAAAAAAACUAAUAAUAAUAACGAAAAUGUCUUGGUGCUAAUUAGAAACUAAAUG